GUUGCCCUGGACAUCCUUCUUAAAGGAAGAUUCUAGGAAGGGCACUCGCUCCUACCACAGGGUGAGAGAACUUCUGAGAUGUGAGUUUCCGGACUGAAAUCAUCUUGGGGGUGGGGGGGAGGUAGGGUAAGGGAUGGACUCCACCUCCGCCUGCUCUCCGAGUUCUCUCAAACCACAAGACGAGUUGGAAGAAGGGAACAAUUUUCUUCAUUUAGGGCGUCUCUAGCGUGGAAGUGGUGGUCCCCACGGGCAACCCUAUUGCUGCUUUUCUGGUCACAGGAUGGCAGGCAGCUUGAAAAACGAAAAUUCCUAGAGAUCAGAAAACGAUUCCCGCCUUGAGGGGGUGGAGCUGGAGCCAGAGAUGAUAACAGACCUUGAUCAUCCACAACCAGAGCUCCAGUGGGCAGAAGCGCCUUGUGAGGCAGGAGCGACAUGUACUACUGUUGGGGCGACAACUCCUCGGGGCAGUUGGGGAUCCCGGCAGUGCCGAGAGCCAAGGCCAGGGCGGUGAGAUGCCGGCGGGGAGCCAGCCUAGGCAACCAGACCUUACUGCAGGCUGCUUGCGGCGAGCGCCACUCACUGCUGCUGCUGUCCGACGGCACCGUUUGGUCUUGCGGAAACAACAGCUGCGGGCAGCUGGGCAGGAAGAGAUGCCAGAAACAUGGCAGGCCAGCACAAAUUCAGGCACUGGAAACUCAGAACAUUGUUUCUGUCAGCUGUGGGAAAGAGCACUCCUUGGCCAUUUGUAAAGAAGGAAGAGUCUUCUCGUGGGGAUCUGGUUCCGACGGGCAAUUAGGCAUCAGAGAAUUUAAGAAACUAAGUUCUAUACCAAAGAAAAUUGAUGAGCUUUCCAGUUUCAAAAUAAUCCAAGUUUCUUGUGGACAUUAUCAUUCCAUAGCAUUGGCACAAGAUGGCAGAGUAUUUUCAUGGGGAAAGAACAAUCAUGGUCAACUAGGUCUGGGGGAAAAUGUCCCCUCCCAAGCCAGCCCGCAGUGGGUAAAAUCUCUUGAUGGCAUUCCUUUGGCUCAGGUUGCAGCAGGAGGUGCCCACAACUUUGCCCUCUCUUUCUCUGGUACUUCCUAUGGUUGGGGAAGGAAUAAUGCAGGCCAGCUGGCCCUCAGUGGCAAGAAAGAAUCAGCUGAACAAAUCUCCAAACCUUUUUCCAUUGGUGAACUGAAAAGGCUUCAAGUAACAUACAUCAGCUGUGGGGAUGAACAUACAGCUGUCCUCACCCAGGAUGGUAAAGUGUUCACUUUUGGAAGCAAUGACUCUGGACAACUAGGACGUCAACUAAUUUCUGGGAUGAAGGGUCCUCAGGUUGUGGAUUCAGCUGUUUCGUUUUCUCAAAUAGCUUGUGGAAGUUAUCAUACACUGGCAUAUUCCUGUACCACUGGUCAGGUGAUAUCUUUUGGUUGUGGAUCUCAAAGAGACCCGAUUGGCCCUUUGCAACCAGGUGAUGCAGUACAGAACUUCAAUAUUAGCAACCUGAUUUCUUCUAAUGACUUUACAGAUUUUCAAGUGAAAGACAUUUUUGCUGGAGCAAAUGCCAACUUUGUGACCACUCUCCAGGCAAAGGAUACUAGUUCUUCAGGUGCUACUGGAAGAAGUCCACAGCAAAUCAGCCAAAUUAACCAAUCCCUGAUUAGGAAAUGGACCAUGGCAAAAUUUGGAAGUGAAGAAUGUGAGGAGUCACGAAGGGAAAUAUGUGAGAUAUUUUCAUCUCCUGCUUGUCUGACUGCAAGUUUUUUAAUGAAAAGAACUGGAAAUACUAAUCCUAAUGAUGUCGACCUACAAAAGGUGAGAGACACAUUUGAGGAAUUGACUCAGACGCCCUGGAUUAAAUACCUGAUAACUGCAAGACUCAGCUGUUUUCUGCUCAAAGCUCUUAAUUUAGAUUCUCCACAUAAGGAUGCUUUAUCAAUCUUCCUUCUGCUCCCCGAAUGUCCCAUAAUGCAAAAUCCUAAGAACUGGAAGUGUCUAGUGGUCCCAUUCGCAGAGGCUUUGUGUAAAAUGACUGACCGGUCUUCAAGAGUCCUAGAGGAAUGUUGGGCAUCGUUAGAAGAAUCCUCUUUCAAAUCAUUGAUCCAGAUGGUCAAAAGAAGCAUCUACUGUCAAAUGAAUUCAUGGACUGAAAGCGUCCAGGACCACUGUACUAUGAAAACUCUCCUUAGAGUGCUGAAGAGGCUUCACAGGGUAAAUGAGAUGACCAAAUGUAAAGUUCCUGAGAGUGAAUUCCACAUUAAUGAACUCUCUACUUGGCUUGAUUUUUUGGAAGAUCUAAGAAGAUUCUUUUAUUUCAAAAUUCUUUCUGCAUUGUCAGUUGAAGCCAACAAUCCUGUCAUAUUUACUCAUUUUCCCUUUGUCUUUGAUUUUCCAUCCAAAGUUAAUAUACUGAAUGUAUAUUCACGUGCAAUUUGGAAGGCUGAAGAAAAGGCAACUUUUUAUCAACACUUGACAAAUUUUGUGCAGAAUAAAACAAAUGAACCAAUCACCCCACCUAAACUUUGUCUCAAAGUCAGACGGAGUCACCUGAUUGAGGAUGCCCUGAGGCAGUUAAGCCAAGUUGUAGACAAAGACUUUAAGAAGGAAUUAUUGGUUGAAUUUAUUGGAGAAAUUGGUCUUGACUUUGGAGGGGUCAGGAAAGAAUUUUUCUAUUAUAUGUUUAAGGAAAUGAUCCGGCCGGAAUAUGGGAUGUUUGUGUAUUCUGAAACAUCUUCCCUAAUGUGGUUUCCUACCAAUCCUAUCUUAAAAAAGAAAAAUUAUUUCCUCUUUGGAAUACUGUGUGGCCUCUCAAUAGCGAGUGGCAAUGUUGUACACCUUCCUUUUCCACUAGCUCUCUUUAAGAAACUUUUGGACAAAAAACCCUCACUGGAAGACUUGCAAGAAUUGACUCCUGAAAUGGGCAACAAUUUGCAGUUACUUCUAGAUGAUAAUGACAAUGAAGAAGAAUUUUCCCUAUGUUUUUCUAUAUAUUGGGACAAAGAAGACGUAGACCUAAUUCCAAAUGGAAGCACCAUACAUGUGGACAAAUCCAACAAGGAAGAUUUUGUUUCCAGAUGUAUUGAUUACAUCUUUAACACCUCUGUGAAGAAAAUUUAUGAGGAGUUCCAAAUGGGAUUUUAUAAAGUCUGUAAAAAGGAGAUAAUCAACUUUUUCAAGCCCGAAGAGCUUAAGGCAGUGACAAUUGGAAACCUGGAUUAUGACUGGAAAACUUUUGAAAAGAAUUCAAAAUAUUGCCAAGGAUACCAUAGGUCACACUCUACCAUUAUGAUGUUCUGGGAUGCUUUCCACAGGUUGCCUCUAGAAGAAAAGAAAAAAUUCCUCCUCUUUCUUACAGGAAGUGACAGAUUUAACCCAGAAGGAAUAGGCAAUCCGGGAAUAGAAUUUGCCUAUCUUGAAACUUUAAAGGAAGAAGAUCUUCCACAAGCAAGCACGUGUUUUAAUAUUCUCUACCUCCCACAGUAUUCUACAAUGGAAAGGAUGGAGAAAGCCCUUCAAACAGUCAUCAAAAACAACAGCGGGUUUGCCGAUUAGCCAUCAUUCAAACAUUUACAAAGAAGGAUUACUGGACUGAAGAUGUACAGUAAAUGAUUGUGCUAAUUCAAUAUAUUAAUGACUUUUUAAAAAGCAUUGUAACUUGCAAGAUAAGUUCUAGGUUUUAAGCUUUUUAAGGGCAGGGACUUUAUCCUAAUGAUUAUUGUUUCUUUGGACCUUAGUACAGUGCUUUUCAUGUAAUCAAUACUUAUCCUGGCACUUAUGACUAGUGGAUAAAAUGAAUAAAAUUAGAUGAAAGCAGUAUAAAAAUGAGGGAUAGGACAGGGAGAUGGGUUAGUGGACAGAGAGCCAGGCUAGGAGGCAGGACAAGUUCAAAUCCAGUUUCAGACCCUUCUUAGCUGUGUGACCCUGGGCAAGUCACUUAACCCCAGUUGCUUAGCCCUUACUGCUCUUCUGCCUUUGAACCAAUACAUAGUGUUGAUUCUAAGAUGGAAGAUAAGGUUUAAAAAAAAAAAGGAGGGAUUAUGGAAGCAGAUUCAGGGAAAGAACAGCUUGGAAAGGAUAGAGAGAAGGCCAAGAAGUAUCCAGAAGAUAAAAAGUCUGGCUGAAAGAGUGAAAUUUUGUUCUUAAAAGAUCUGAGGUUUUAUGAAGGGCACAGUGCUGGAAGCAAAUUUUUGUCAUAUGGGAAGAUUAGCCUAUUUGAUUUUGUGCACAAAAUUACUUGGUAGGUGUGAAAUGUUUUUUUUUUUGCCUUUGUCACACAUUCAUCUUAAAUGAUAAUAUAUAAUCAUAGAUCAUUAUUAUAUUUAAAUUAUUGACCCACUAGAAUGAAAAUUUUUUGUCUAAAAUUUCUGGCACAUUUUUGUCUCAAAAAUUUACAUUUAAAGAGUAUUUAUACUUACUAAAUAUUUUCUUCAUAGCAACCCCACAAAGUAGAUAGCACCAGUAUCAUUUUCUUAUUUUUACAAAUGAAGAAACCGAAACUCAUAGAGCAGUGCUGGUGAACCUUUUAGAGACAGAGAACCAGGCCCUGCCCCCACCCCACCCCUAUACUAAGUGGAGUGGCCACCCACCCCAGAGACUGUGUACAUUUCUCCUUCCCCCCACUGAAUCACUGAAUUGACAUUGACACACCCUGUCCCACCCCUUACCACACAUAGGGGAAGGAGGAAGCGCUCCUAUUGGGUUGCUGGGUGGAGGUGAAGUGAAGAAUAUCCUCAGUGAGUAUAGAGAUGGGGAGGGGAGUGGCCUGAGCUCUCAGCUCCCCUCCAGCUCUGUCAUCUGAGUCACCCACCUUACUUGCUGUGUGCUCCCAUUGGACUACUGAGCAGAGGGGCAGGGGAUGUGAAAAACUGUCAGAUGGAUGGAGAGGGGGAAGGGAGCAGCUCUGCCCAAGUCCCUCCUCCUUUCUAGUAACAAACACUUGUGGGAAGGGGAGCCACAUACCCACAGAAAGCACUCUGCGUGCCAUCUUUGGCACCCGUGCCAUAGGUCCACCAUCACUGUCAUAGAGAUUGUGCCUUGCUUAAGGUAACACAGCUUAUAAAUACUGUAAGGAUUGAGAAGAGACCCUAAUAGGAUCCUACAGUCAGCUGGAUAGACUAGCCUGGGGGCAGUAAAGUCAGCUGAGUAUUCUGAGAAAAGGAAGGAAGUGUUUUCAGCCAGAAAUCCUUCACAACCCUCCUUGACUUGACUGCAGCUACUCAAAACUGAAAGGGAGUCAGUUGGACUCUGGUCAGAGCCAAUCUGCCUUCCCCCUCUUGGGUCUCCCCUUUUGCCUUUCCUUGGAUAGAUUAUAGAGAUUUAAGUUUAAGUCAGUGUAGUGUAAGAAAAUAAGAAACAGGGUGUUGGGAAAAAGGCUUGAGGCACAAAGCCUCUGGCCAAGGACCUUUGAAACCCAACUACUGUUAAAUAUAGCUAUUAGGGCAUUCUUAACCCUCCUUCCAACUGCCUUGUCCCUUCAAUCCCUUUGUUCCCCAUCUCUUCAAAUAAAUUUUGGUUUAUGUCCAUUUGAGUUUGGUUGGGGUUUUCAUGAGAAGAUAGAGGUUAAAUGAAUAGUGGACAAAACCAAAGUAAGUCUUGUUUCAUCUAUGACAAGCAAAGAUCCAGCUUGUCACUGAGUUUAUAAAGAAGGGUCCAACAACAAAAACCCAUGCCCUUGAAAGGACUGUCUGGAAUCCAACAUCUUUCCCAGCAGUUGAGCCCACAUUCAAGACCCAAGGAUAUAGUUUGUGGUGUAUCCUUGGGAAGAGAGGUAGACAGAUUCCUCCUGUCUCUCUCUCUCUCUCUCUCUCUGAGUAAUCCAAAACUCUAAGGUCAGCCAAUCUUGAGGAAAGAGACAUAGCCAUCCUUCCUCAGACCUUUCAGCUUUCCUUCACAUCAUUUUUCUCCACUUCUCCCUUUCAACCUCUCACUGGAGAGAUGAGAAAACUCAUCCAUCCAGUGGGCCAAAACCUGUUCACCCCUCUCCAAUUAGUAAGAGAGGAGAGUCUCUUUUUUCCUCCUCUUUUACUAUACCAGAUGACUAGUGUUUUGUCCCACUGUCAACUAGGCUGCAGAAUUACCAGUUGCAAAAUAAUUACUUAUUGAACAUCAACGGUUUCCCUAGCAUUUUAAAAUGGUACAGACAUGUUCAAAACAAAACAAAAACUAUGGUCAAUAGCACCGAUUUAAGGAAUAGGAAUAGUAAAAGUGCAGAAAUCCUCUUUUCCUUAACUGUAAAAUGGGAUUACUAACAGCACCUAUCUGGCAGGGUUCCUGAUGAUCAAAUGAGAAUAUUUGUAAAGUACAGUACCUGGCAUAUAAAAACCCUUCCCCAUCUCCCCCCACCCUUUACAACUCCAAUAUUCUGUGAAGUACAUAGACAAUAUAAUAAUUCUGUAUGAAUAUCAGCAUUUGGUAUCAUGGAAAUUAGGACCUUAAUACAGUAAAACUUAAGGAAGAUCAGAAACAAUUAUGAUACAGUCAUCAAAUCUUGGCCUUUUGCCUUCUACUCAACAUAGGGAAUAAAACUAAAUUAAAUGGAACUAAAAAUAACCUAUAGGUACCAUGGAGUGGCUAAACUUAAGAGUCAAGAUGACAAAUUCAAAUCCUGUGACCCUGGAAGAAGUCCGUUUUCUCAUCUGCAAAAUAAGGGGGGUUGGACCCAAUGGCCUUUAAAGGCCUUUCUAGCUCUAAAUCCUCGAUCCUAUUAUUUUUUUCAAAAGUUUUUUAAAGUGGUAAACAUUUUUGAGUAUCAAGUGCUUCUGAGAUUAAGAUUGAUCUCAUCAUUUUUAUUGGUCUUAUUUAAAAAUGACUUUUUAAAAACCCUUAUAUUCUUAAAAUCAAUGCUAAUUAUCAGUUCCAAGGCAGAAGAGUUGUUAGGACUGGGCAAUUGGGGUUAAGGAAUUGUCAACGGGAAUGAAUAUAGAUUGAACCAUACCAUUUCUUGCCUUAUUUCCUUCAUGAGUUUUUUUCUUACAUGUGUGAUACAUGUCUUCUUGGAUUAUGGAAAUUUGAAUUGCAUAACAAUACUGGAAUAACCCCAAUCAAAUUGUUUACCAUCUGGGGAAGGGAGAGGAAAGGGACAAAAUUUGGAUUGCCAAAGGUCAGAAAACAAUGGUCAAAAAAUGGUCUCUAUGUGUAAUUAAAAAAAUAUACAUAACAAAAAAAUAAAGUGCAAGUCUGAUCACAUCAUUCCCUUAUUCAACAAACUCUUAACUGCUCUCUCUUGCUUCUGACCAAAUUAAAGCUCCCACUUAGCUUUUAAAGCAAGCUUUUCACAAACUGGCUCCAACCUACCUUUCCUACAUCAUAUAUCAUUUUCCAUCCCACUUUCCUGUCCUGACUUUUUCUUGUCAUUUCCCACAUACAUCAUUCCAUCUCCCAACUGUUACACCAGUGCCCAGAAGGCUUUGCUACCCUGUCUCCACCUUAUGAUAGGUUCAUCAUUUCCUGAUCUUCCCAGCUACUAAUAUCCACAUUAAAAAAUUUUUCUUUGAAUUCUCUAUAUAUAGGGUAUAGCUGGCACAGUGGAUAAAUAGCACUGGGCUUGGAUUCAGAAAACUCAAGUUCAAAUCUAGCCUUAGACACUUACUAGCUAUAUGACUCUGGACAAGUCACUUAACCUUGCUUGCCUCAGUUCCCUCACCUGUAAAGUGAGCUGGAAAAGGAAAUGGCAAACCAUUCCAGUAUUACUACCAAGAAAACCUCAAAUAGGGUCAUGAAGUUGGACAUGACUAAAACAACUCCACAACAAUAUUAAUUUAUACAUAUAUUCUUUCCUGUUAGAAGGUAAAUUCCUUGAAAAGUAGGGAUUUUCAUUUUUGUCUUUGUAUGACCUGGCACCUUGCACAGUGCCUGAAACAUAGUAGGUACUCAAUAUACAUGUGUGUGCACACGUGCCCAUGCUGAUUGUAAACUACUUUUCACACACUAUUUGGACAUACUUGUGGGAUAGAAAUUACUUUAAAACUGGACCUAUACAAGGCCUAUUUUGAAUUUUUCUUAUGUUUUUGAUUAUUUUUCUAUUCUUUUGAUAAUUGACACAUACAACCCCAUAACUGAACAUUGCAUUCUGAGCUAAACUUGAUAUAUUUUUUAAUACUUACUUCAGGGGGGAUUGUAUUUUAAUUUAAAAUCUAAGAAUUUUUUUUUGAAUUUUUUUGAGAUUGUAUUUUUAUAAAAAAUCCAAGAAUUUUGAAUUUUGUUUAAGAUUUUACUGUUAUAAAAAAUCAAAGAUUUUGAUUUUGUUCGAGAAAAGAUCUUCAAGAAAGAAGCUUGAAACUUUUAUAUCCAGAGAAUGAACUGUUGCAGAAGGAUGCUGAAAACCUACACUUCAUCAAGAA